AAUUAUAGAUUUUCUACAACGUUCCCGUCCAGUCAAUCAUAGUUCUUUUUUUUUUUGUGAACACCUAACUACAGAGUCGACAUAAUUAAAAACACAACCUAUUUACUAAAGAAAAGAAUUCAACACAACGAACAAAAACAUGGAACAAACUGAACCGGAAGUUGAUCAAAAAGAAAAGGAUAAAGAGUGGAUGGAAAAAUAUGACUUUACAUCCGAUCAACUAGCCGAAUUGAAAGAGGUGUUUAAUCUAUUAGACGAAGGCGGAAACGGUACAAUAGACGCUAUGCAGAUAGGGAAUGCUCUAAGAGCUAUAGGACAAAAUCCUACUGAACAAGAUUGUAGAUCAAUGAUAGAAGAAUGCGAAUGUAACGAUGAUAAUACUAUUGAUUUUGAAGAGUUUAUAAGGGUCGUAGGGGCAAGGGGAUUGAAAGGAUAUUACGACAUGCAAGAAGAACUAGAAGAGGCUUUUAAAGUGUUUGAUAAACAAGGUACAGGCCUACUGGACGUGCAGGAAUUAAAAGAAGCCUUAAAGAAUUUAGGAGAACCAGUGCCCGAAGAUGAAGUUAAUGAAUUAUUGAAAAUGGCGAAUGUAGAAGGCGAUGGGAAAUUCGAUUUUCACGUCGGGAAAAGAAAGCUUCUGGAAGAGAAAAGACUAUUUCGGGAAACGAAAUAAAUGCCUGAAUCGACUGACGUUGUGAAGAGUGUGUUGGGAGAGGAGGAAGAGGGUGAGAUAUAGAGAAACUGGGAGGGGAGAGAGAGAGACAGAGAGAGAAAGAAAGAGAGAGAAGAACGUAGAAAGAGAAACACGAAAAACAACUUCCGAGUAGAUGACACUACUAGUCGACUUCGAUGUCCGUUUCGCUUUCUUCUGUGUCUACUUUUUCGACUUUCAAUUGAGUUUCUUGACUCUUUUUUGAAUGUUUUCCAUGCGUUUUUAAAUGUUUACUUAGAUGAUCGCUUCUGCUAAAACGUUUUGAACAAAUAGAACACUCAAAUCUCUUUUCUCCUGUAUGAGUCCGAAUGUGUCUUUGAAGUUCAUCUGAUCUAGUAAAUGCUUUACCGCAGUAUAACCAAGUACAAGUAAAUGGCCUUUCUCCCCUGUGCCACCUGAGAUGAGCUUUUAAAUGAGAUGUUUUUCCAUAAGAUUUACUGCAACCUUCAAAAUGGCAGACGUGCAUCCUUUUUUGCCCAUUUUUCAAGUUUUUAGAUGUUCCUAUACAAUUGGGACAUUUACACCUCGAACAGCGUCUGGUUGUCGUUGACUCGUUUGACAUUCUAUUAGGCCACGGACUCCACAUUUGAUUGUCCUGCAUUCAAGAAUAAAAAAACAUAUAAUGUUUCGUAAUAUUGAAUCGUUCAAAUUUGUAAGAUAUACAAUAGAGAAAGAUUCGUAAGUUCAAUACAAAUAUAUAUGAGACAUCUAACAUACGAAUACUUAACGCAAUAAACUAAAUACUCUACGGGCUAGGUACGCAGGUAAGUAGACAGAUAGGUAAAUGAAUAAACAGCAUUUAAAAACUCACACACGCACAUACGUAUACUUGCACACAAACAAACAUAUACAGUCUUUCUGUGUACCUGUCUGUCUGUCUGCCUGUCUGCCUGCCUGCCUGUCUCUCUCUCUCUCUCUCUCUCUCUCUCUCUCUCUCUCUUCGUCUUCCUUUCUCUUAUAAGCGUAGAGAGAGAAAACACGCACAAGCAAUUAUCUAAUAAAGCUAAAAAUAAAGAGAAUCCACUAAACGACAAAUUUAUCAAGUAUAGUUGUAUUAUACGUGAUUUUUACACAAUUGUCACUUCCUAUUCGCACCUUUCCACUAUAGACACUGCACUAAACUAUUUAAACGCUUUAAGAAGCGAUUAUUUUAUUUACAGCGUCCACUUUCUACAAUUUCUACUCAAUGUCCUAAUAAGCUUUUCCAAAAUCUCCUCCCGUAGGCGUUUCAUAACGCCUGUCCUAUUAAAAUUCUAUGGGAUAUAGAGAAAAAAAAUACUUCAAAGAAGCCGCCGCUUUUCUUAACUGUUUAUUCAAUGCAAACUUGUCUUGUGUGUGUAGAACGAUUUUCGACCGAUUUAUGCCUUCGGGAAGACUUUUGUCAAAAAGUACAUUAUACACGCAUCAGGAAAUUUUUUCAAAUGUAUAAUUGAUUUCUCCCUUUUCUCCCUUUUCUUCUUGCUCUUCUUCUCUCUUUUUCUUCUCCUACUGGUUUAAUUCUCUUGUAACUUAAGCCUUAGUUUGCUUGUUAAUUUACUAUGCUCGUUCUAGCCAAUAAUAUAUAAUUCCUCUACCCCACCCAAACACCCUUCCUAUCAAUUUAAUCCUUUCUCUCUUUCAAUCAUUCAUUCCCUCCCCCAAUCCCCUCUCCUACUACCAUAUCUUUAAAUCUAUCUAUAUAUCUAUACAUCUAUCUAUUUGCUUGUCUUUCGCCUUCCA